UAAAACAAUUCAUGAAUGUCAGUAUGAUAAUUCCAAAUACCUACAACUAUCUAUGUAAAUUCGGUACCGGCGGAAUUGGAGACCCCGAUCACUCCACCCCGAAUACGUCACCAAACCAAAAAUGGAGUCAAGUGCCGAGGCUUGUAGAAGUGUAGAAGCAGUCUCCAUGCAAUCAAUUACCGUUUAUGUGUAACUUGAAUUGUUUCUUCAGGUUUAUCCCCUGCUACUCUACUACCAAUUCUACUGCACCUGUACCUAUCACUAAUUAUCUAAUGUCCCUGUGGCGUGCUACUGCUCCUCGUUGGUUGACUUUACGGCCAUCAUCAAGUUCCAGUUCCCGCUGGCUUAAUAAAUACUACACCACCACCACUACGACUUCUUUUCGUUCCCCGCCAUUUUCACCUCUCAACACAAAACACAGCAAUUCUCACCAGAGAAAUAUCACUCAUAACUAUACUCGUCAUCCGAGUACAACUUUAAACAUGGCUUCUGCUACCAGCUUUUACGACUUCAAGCCUCUUGACAAGCGCGGUCAAGAGGUUCCCCUCGCCGACUACAAGGGCAAGGUCGUCCUCAUCGUCAACACAGCCUCCAAGUGCGGCUUCACUCCUCAGUACGCUGGUCUUGAGAAGCUCUGGACCAAGCUCAAGGAGAAGUACCCUGAGGACUUUGUCAUUCUCGGCUUCCCCUGCAACCAGUUCGGUGGCCAAGAGCCCGGCACCGACGACGACAUCCAGGAGUUCUGCCAGAUCAACUACGGCGUGUCUUUCCCCAUCAUGCAGAAGACUGAGGUCAACGGCGACAACACCAACCCUCUUUGGGCCUGGCUCAAGGACCAGCAGUCGGGUCUUUUGGGUCUCAAGCGUAUUAAGUGGAACUUUGAGAAGUUCCUUGUUGGACGUGAUGGAAAGGUCAAGGGACGCUGGGCUAGCACCACUAAGCCCGAGAGUCUGGAGGAGCCUAUCCUUAAGGCUCUUGCUGAGAAGGCUGAGGCUUAAUUUGAGAUAAGUGAACGACAAAAGGUGUCGACGUUGAACCCCUUCAAUCUAAAAUGAGAUACCCUGUGGGGGAAAGACAGCGGCACAAGGAUUAUGAAGUUUUAAUGGGGGCUCUUAGGCUCAUGCGUAAUGCUACAUAAACUAAUAUAAGGACUGAACCCAAGUUUGAAGUGUUCUGCCCAUGACAUCUGAUAAUCAUGAAGCUUUGUGGCUUGGCAGCAUUCAUCACAUCGGAAAUAAUUUCGACGUACCAAUCGGUUACCCAACAAACAGAUAAAUCAUUUUACUAUGU